UGGAAGUCCGGCGGCGGCGGAGGCGGUGGCUGGAAAUCUGGCGGUGGUGGAGGCUGGAGCUCUGGCGGCGGAGGCGGCGGCUGGAAAUCUGGUGGUGGUAGUGGUGGCGGUUGGAGUUCAGGCGGCAGCGGUGGUGGCUGGAAGUCUGGCGGCGGCAGUGGAGGCGGCGGCUGGAGCUGGUAAAUCGCUGUGCCCCACUCCAUACCAAGGAUUCCAUAAAGAAGCUGCAAACUGUACAUAAACCCACAUA